AGUGCUGAUCGAACGAAUUUUCAUUUGGUAUUAUGGUGCUCAUUCGUUGAAGAAUAGGACUAUUGUGAAUUUCGAUCGCUCGACGCAUUUACAAUAGAUAAUUUUUUCUCAGCUGAUACAGCAAAUCAAAAUAAAAGAAAACCCGAUUGUGUUGAAAUUCUUUGCUAACAUUAUUUUUAAAAGUUAAAAAAAGUAAUUUAUGUGAAAAUGAGUACAACGGAGUUGUGGUUCGACGAUUCAUCGGACGAUGAAAGAUUAGUGGAACUAGCUAGAAGUAGAAAACAGUUGAGGGACGCCUCCAACCCCCUAGAAAUGGCUUCCACUGAAUUUUUAAAGAACUUUAGAUUAUCUAAAGAGGCGUUUGUGAACCUACUGUCCACUACAGAAAACCAGUUGCAGCAGUGCACCCGAGCCAAAUCGAUUCCUAAUAUUUUAAAGCUAGCCACAGUUCUGCGAUUUUGUGCUCAGGGAUCGUACCAAUUGAGUAUUGGUAAUGAAGGUAUGAUAGGACUUGCUCAACCCACUGUGUCUGUUGUGCUAUCAGAAAUAAUAGAUGUCCUGGAAAAUUAUAUUUGCCAAAGAUGGGUAAAAUUUAGUAGCACAGAGGCUGAUCUGCAACAAAGAAAAGCACAUUUUUAUAGCAAAUACCCAACGAUGAUGCUGAAGAUAUUGAAGUGGAAAAAACAAAGAAAAGUAAAUAGUUCGUAUUUGAGUUUACCAACUUCAAAAGAAAAUCAUCUCCUAUUGAGGAAGCCACAUUCACUGGCAGCACGUGCCGUCAAUCGAGCGAAUGACAGCUACAAUAGCAACAACAGCAUGCACAGCGACAGCUGCUCUAGCUCGAAUGCCUCCAAUGUAAAUUGUCAGCUGCUAACUUAUCUAAUUGAUGUGCUUUUAAUUGUGCCAAGUCGGCGACUAGCGCACGAUACAAAACGGCACGGACACGAACAGCAAUUUGUUGUGUGCAAUUGA